GCCCGGCCUGAGCGCAGCGCAGCGCGCGGAGCCCCGCGGCAGCCAGGCAGGCAGGCAGGCAGCCGGAGCAGCCGGAGGAGCGCUGAGCUUCCCGCCGCCCCGGCCCGGCCGGCCCAGCAGGCGACCCGCCGGCCAGGGAGCAGCGGCGGCGGCGGCGGCGGCCCGCAACGCCCGCCCGACCCCGCCCAGCCGGCAGCAGGAGCGGCUGCAGCGCCGCGCACAAAGCGGCAGACAUGAGUGAGACUGUAAUUUGUACCACUCGAGCAACUGUGAUGUUGUAUGAUGACGUCAACAAGAAAUGGGUGCCAGCUGGGAGUGGGCCCCAGGCCUUCAGCCGCAUCCAGAUCUACCAAAACCCCACCAGCAACACUUUUCGGGUGGUGGGCCGCAAGAUGCAGCCAGACCAACAGGUGGUCAUCAACAGUUCAAUCGUGAAAGGGCUGAAAUACAACCAGGCCACACCCAACUUUCACCAGUGGCGAGAUGCCCGCCAGGUCUGGGGGCUCAACUUUAGCACCAAAGAGGAAGCAGGGCAGUUUGCCAGUGGGAUGUUGCAUGCGCUGGAGACACUGGACUCAGGAAACUCUGCACUGCCCCGGCCCACCCAGAAUGGGCCCUCCGUGGAUGAACUUGCGGAACAACAGAAAAGACAGCAGCUGGAGCGGGAACAGCAGGAGCUGGCAGAAAGAGAACGGAGGGGACCGAUCUCAGCCCCCGCAGGGACCCCAGCAGGAGGAGGGCCCCCACCCCCUCCAGGACCGCCGCCUGCACCGCCAUGCCCCACGCCUGGUCCUCCGCUGGGACCCCCGGGGCCACCGCCAGGAGCUCCACCAGGGCCGCCGCCUCCCCCAGGGCCACCCCCGCCCCCUGGCCCGCCCCCCGGCCUUGCACCUGCCUUGGGAGGGGGGCCACCCCCGGCACCUCCACUGCCCCCUCCCCAGGCCCCUGGUGGAGGGGCCGGGGGCCUUCCCAGCGGGUUGGCUUCUGCCCUUGCAGGCGCAAAGCUCAAGAAGGUGGGCAAGGACGAGGGACCAAAGGCCGCGCCUGCUGCUGUGGCACCUUCCGGCGGGCCUGGCGGGGGAGGGCUCAUGGAAGAAAUGAGCGCCAUGCUGGCACGGCGGAGGAAAGUUGCAGAGCAAGGUGAGAAACCCAUUCCAAAGAAAGAGGAAGGCCCUGCGCAGCAGGAAGACACGGAAGCAGCAGGUGCCAAGACCACAGACGCCUUCCGGAAGCCGUGGGAGAAGACCAGCACGACCCUUCCCAGGAUGAAAUCUGCAGGGGCCAUCGCGGGCUCAGAACCGACAAGCGGGGCAGGGGAUGAAUCGGAGUUGGAACGGGUGAAACAGGAACUACUGCAGGAGGUCCGACGGGAGCUCCAGAAGGUGAAAGAGGAGAUCAUACAGGCAUUCGUGACGGAGCUACGGAAGCGGGGCUCCCCUUAGCCUCCCUGCACCACCCUCAGCCACUUCCCAGUGCCGCCUGGAGUCAGACGUCGAAUCCUCCCAAAUGUGCAAAAAAGAAUAAAAAGAGAAAAAAAGAGAAAGAAGCGCAGCCCCCCCUUCCUUCCCCCCCCCCGAAGAGAUCCACACACCCUGACCUGUCGGCUCCCAGGCCUCUGGACCCACUGUGCAAUUGGGGGGACAAUCUGUGGCAGCCCCUCCCCCAGAAGGGCAGGCCCCCGCCCGUGCCUUACCAGAGCAAUAGCAGCACCCUUUUCCUACCCCUCCCCUGCCACGAGAGGCUGUUUUCCUGGGAGGAAGGGGGACUGGUUCCUCCCCUUCCCCGGUGCCAUUUGCAGAGAGGGGGCCAGGCCGCCCCACCUCCCUCUCAUCACCACCAUCUCCCAUUUUCUCCCAACGUGAGCCUGUAGCUUGUUUCCUCCCAUGUGGGAGGAGGGGGUAGGCAGCCAGGCGGGAGCGAGGGGUCCUUGGCGGAGGGGCAGCCAGGAGCUGGGCUCUUGCAGGGGGGAGAGGGAAUCCCACCCACAGAUGACACUGGAGCAGUUUCCUUAAGGCAGCCAGUUGUGGCCAGCAGAACCUCGCCCAACACAGCGUUCCAAGCACCCCGGCCAAAGCCCCUUCCUGCUCUCCCCCCCCCCGCCCCCGCAUAGCCUUUCCCUGUGGCCCCCUGUCUGCUGCUGGGGUGAUGGGGGGGACGAGCCUGCCCCUCGGAGAGGGGAACAGAGAAGCCCAGGAGGUGGCCGCCAGCCUAGAAGUGGUUGGGGGGGGCAGCUUUCUGCCUGGGGGCCAUCGUUGGUCCUGGGCCACCCCCUGCUUGCAACGCAUGCCCCUUCCCUGUGGGAGGAGGUCUCUAGACCACCCCCCAACACGUCCCAGGACCUUGCCUCAUUUCACACACACACACACACUCUGCUGGUUUCUCUUGUUUUAUAUAUAUAUUUUUACACCAAGAUUGGGGUAGCUUUUAAAAUAUUUUAUCUGGAACCCCAAUCAUCACUUCUUUGGGUAACCCUUUUUUUUAAAAGGAAAGUUUUCACCUCCCCACCUCUGUGUGUGUGGGGGGGAGUCACUGGCCAGGUUCUUGCAUUUUCUACCAAGCUGUAAUUUUUUGACUUUGUGUUGUUGUUUUGUUGGGCUGGAUGGGAUAUUAUUUUUUGAUUUUUUAAAAUUAUUUUGACUGAUUGCUGGGUAUUUCUGCCCGAUUUCUAUGCAUCCUCCUGCCCUGGGGCACCCCACUCACCUGCGGAUGGGCACCAAGAUCUUGGGCUCCUGCACCAAACUUCUCUAGGAAUAAAUCUUUUUCCUUUUUUGUAAAAUUGCAAAA